GUAUAAAUCAAAAGCAUGUACAAAUAUAAAAAAUCACCUAAAAUUGAAAAGUAGAUCACUUGCUCAAAUGAUAGGGUCCAAACUAGUUUAUUCUUUGUUCUUCCUUCUUUUCUUUCUUUUUGUUUUGGAAAUGAGAGGACACAAGACAUGAAUGCAUGAUUACUGGAACAUUCUUGUCGGAAGAAGGAGCAAGCUCGCAUUGGAUCUUUUUCCACUUUAAUCCAUCGAAAUGCAGGAAGCUAAGAUCAUUCUAUACUCCCCUCAAUUUGAAAUCAUGAAGAGAAUAUUUUCAGAUCUUUUACAUGGAUGAGGGAAAUCCGAAAGCUCAAAUCUUUUUCUCUCCCUUUUCUAGGCUUAUGCAAUUAGGAUAAAAAAAGAAAGAAAGCCUCGUUUUCAUAAUUUUCUGAAUUGGGGAUUUCAUCUUAAUUCAAGGAGCCCGAUUCGUCAUUAUGAAUUUCAUCCACAUAUUUGCGACUAUGGCAGAAAAUCUGGAGAAAUGUUUGUUGUAGUGAAUAAGGCAGGACAAGCUGUUGUUGUAGACUUGUGAGUUGGGAGAGGGAGAUAUUGUUUGCAAUGGGGAGGUUCCUCAGUGGAUUUUUGUUGCCUAUGUUGCUUCUAUCAGGUUAGCCACUGGAAAGUGGAAACCUCGAUUCCUUAACUAUUUUCUCAGAAAGGCUCUUUUUCUUUCAUGAUUAGUAGUAAGGAGAAAAUCAAACUGAUGUGCUUCUUCUCUUGCCCAAAUGCCUUUAUCCAGCUGCAUUGCUUAAUUGGAGUUUGAUUUCUAUGGUGGAUUUGUUAGGUUUUAUCUUCAUUCAGUAUGCUGCACCAAAAAUCGUCUAUAGGUAUGCGAUCAAGAAGACGAUUGUUGAUCUCAUGGUACACCCUUUUGUUUUCCUCUGUGGCUGUUGUUUCGCUUGCCAUUUUUCAUAUUGUCUGGGCUAUCAAGGGGAAUCAGUGGAGUACUGCAGAUGCACAGUGCGCUAAGUUAAUCGGUUUUUUAAGUGUUCAUUCUCAAAGACUACCAUAUGUGAUUUAUUUCACAACCGUCCAAGUCCUAGUAGUAGUAAUUGCCGUGGUUGAAAUCUAUGGGACUAGAUGUUCUCCAGACUUAUCGCAAGAUUCAUUUGUUGGUCAUGGCUAUUCUUUUAUUCUACGCAUAGGUUCUCAUCUUAGAGUAUUGUGCUGCUUACUACUACCUUUCGUACAGCUGAUUGUUGGCAUAAGCCACCCGUCUUGGGCUUCAUUUCCAUUUUUCAUAUUCAGCAGCAUUGGACUAGUUAACUGGUCUCUAACAAGCAACUUUCUUGGUCUAUUUAGGUGGUGGAGCUAUCUUUUAUUCUAUGCAGGGCUGAACAUUGUCCUUCUUUACAUUUACCAACUUCCAAUUCAGUUCCCAUGGAUGGUCUCUGUCGGUGACUUUAUAGGUCUCUAUAAAGUAUCUUCACAUUCAGAGUGGUCUGAAAUAUGCUCUGGUUAUUCUCUCCUUCUCUUCUACACAAUGCUUUCCUGGAUUAGAUGUGACCUUGCAGAAAUGGACUUUAUUAUGUCCGGAAGAGAUAAUAGCUUGACGGUCCAACUUCUUACUCCAAAACAUGCAUUUCUCAUUCGACAAUUUCGAUCGGGUGUAAGGCACACCAACUUUUUGUUGACAGGAGCAGUUUUCCGGACUUUCUGUGUCAACUUCUUCACUUAUGGUUUCCCUAUUUCCUUGCUUGCAUUGUCCUUCUGGAGUUUCCAUUUUGCCAGUUUAUGUGCAUUUGCACUCCUGGCUUAUGUUGGCUAUGUGCUUUAUGCCAUUCCUUCGGUCUUUCAAUUGCAUCGGCUAAACGGCUUGCUUCUUGUAUUCAUUCUAUUAUGGGCUGCUAGCACCUAUGUCUUCAACUUGACAUUUUUGGUCCUCAACAAGCACAUGUGGAAGGACAUGGAUAUUUGGGAAACUAUCGGUUUAUGGCAUUAUCCUAUCCCUGGAUUUUAUCUAUUUGCACAAUUUUGUCUAGGCGUCCUUGUUGCUUUAGGAAAUUUAGUGAACAACUCAGUCUUUCAAUACUUGUCUGAUUUGGGUGUACAAUAUUCUAAGCAAGAUGCCGAUGUAGAAGAUAGAGAUGAGACUAAAGUGCUAACUAUAGCCACAGUGGCAUGGUUACUACGUAAAACAUCUCGAGCUAUAGUCUUAAUACUAAUAUUUCUUAUUGCUCUAAGACCAGGUCUCAUCCAUGCCAUUUAUAUGAUUUUCUUCAUGAUAUAUCUUUUGAGCCAUACAAUAAGUAGGAAGAUGCGGCAACUUCUAAUUCUUCUAUGUGAAGCUCAUUUUGCAUUAACUUACUUUCUUCAGCUUAAUUUCAUCUCAAAUGCCUUGAAACAAAAGGAUACAUUAGCUACAGAUCUUCUCAGAGAACUAGGUUUUCUUAGCAACUCUGAUUCUAGGGAUUUCCUAAAGAUAGCAUCACUUGCAUGUUUUUGUGCUCUUCACAAUCACGGCUUCGAAGUUCUAUCAGCAUUUUCGGCUAUCGUACAACAUACUCCUUGUCCUCCAAUCGGCUUUAGUAUCUUAAGAGCUGGUUUGGUUAAGUCUAUUCUCUUAUACGUAUAUACAUCGAGGUCGAAACAGAGCAGCGAUAACAACUCUUCUCAUGAAAAAAUGAUUGCUUCAUAUCUAACAGCUAUAGGACAAAACUUCCGAUCAUUGUAUCGUUCAUGUGGGACCUAUAUUGCUCUUCUAACAAUUCUCAUUGCCGUCUACCGAGUCAAACCAAACCACACUUCAUUUGGUUACCUUUUCUUCCUUAUGGUAAACAUGUUCCCUGGACAAAGUAAUUAUCCUCUUUCUUUGUUUCUUGGGCUUCAAGUUUACAUGCCUUGUUUCACAAGUUUGGAGUCAGGGAUGAGAGGGAAAGUUUUGGUUAUUGUAUCAUGCUUACUUAGGUACAACGUGUUCCAUUGGUUGAGAAAAUAUCCAUGCAAGUUUGGGAAGAUGGGAAAAUGGGAUGAGUCUUGUCCAUUGCUUUACUCAUCUGAGGAGUAUUAUAGGACGAGAUCAAGUCCAGUUAGUAGGGACAAUGGGCUUUCAAAGUCGUUGUUGGAGAAGCAAAAUGAAGUGGGAAUUCAAUCAUGGGCAUCUUUCAUUAUUGGGCUUUCUGAUGCUGAAAAUGAAGGGAGCAAUAUUAACGGAGAAGAUUUCAAUAAUAUAAGUGGGAGUUCAAAAGAAAGACAUAAAUGGACUCGAAAGCAGAUUCAUAUGUUGAGACAUGAGAGGCUCAAAAUGCAGAUAAGGACUCUAAAGGUGUAUUUGAAGUUUUGGGUAGAGAACAUCUUUAAUCUGUUUGGCCUUGAGAUCAAUAUGAUAGCAUUGCUUAUUGCAAGCUUUGCAGUUCUUAAUACGAUAUCUCUGCUCUACGUUGCAUCAUUGGCUGCUUUCAUUCUCUUGCCUUGUCAUUUAACAAGGAAACUUUGGCCUGUAUUUGUGUUCCUAUUUGGAUCCGUGAUCACUCUAGAGUACUUGGUCAUUUGGUUUUUCCGAUAUGGGGAGCAAUUUAAUCCGGGAAUCAGUCGAAAAGUUCCUUGCAAUGAUUGUUGGGAAAGCUCCGACCUAUUUUUUGAUCACUGCAAAAAGUGUUGGUCAGGAAUUAUAGUUGACGACCCAUGCAUUCUAAUAAGCUACUAUGUAGUCUUCUUGCUGGCAUGCUUCAAAUUUCGUGCUGACCGUUUGUCCAGCUUGGCAGUAUCCGAGAGCUAUCAACAAAUGAUAUGCCAAUACAAGAGUUCUUCACUCAACGACCUCUCCUUCGAAACAAAAUACCUAUGGACAUUCUUUGAUUAUCUUCGCCUAUACAGCUACUGCCACUUGUUGGACCUCGUCCUCGCCUUAAUCCUCAUCACUGGGACCUUGGAAUUUGAUGUCCUCCACCUUGGAUACCUUGGUUUUGCCUUAGUAUUCUUCAGAAUGAGACUUGAAAUGCUUAAGAAAAAGAACAAGAUAUUCAAGUUCCUGAGAAUGUACAACUUCGCCAUAAUUGUUCUCUCUCUUGCUUACCAAUCGCCUUAUGUGGGAAACUUCUGUGAUGGAAAAUGUGGGCUCAUAGCCUACAUAAGCAAUGUGGUGGGGUUCUACAAGUACGAUUAUGGGUUUCGUAUCACUUCGAGAUCAGCUUUAGUCGAGAUCAUUAUCUACAUGCUAGUGUCCUUACAAUCGUACAUGUUCUCAGCUCCCGAGUUUGACUACGUGGCAAAGUACAUUGAAGCUGAACAGAUCGGCGCAAAAAUUGAGGAGCAAGAAAAACGUGCUGCUUGGAAAACUGAGCAAUUGCAGCAAAUACGUAAAGCUGAAGAACAGAAGCGCCUACGUAAUCUUCAAGUCGAGAAGAUGAAAUCUGAGAUGCUCAACCUUCAAAUUCAACUCCAACAAGGAGAUACUUUCAUUAGGACGGCAGGGAACUCAUGUUCUCUCAACACAGAUAUCAAUGAUGACAUGGAAGUCGAUGGAAAGUUCCAAACUCCUCCGAGUGGAUUUAACUUCAGCUCUGAAGUAAUAAUGUGCCCAUUAGAUGUAAGUGGGUCUCCUGUUAGUGAAAAAGCAUCUGAAAGCCCAAACUGUGAAAUCACCGAGGUGAAAGAUACGAGUGUUGUUGCUGCUUACGGGUUUGCGGGAUCAUCAUCACACAAAAGGGACAAGUUUCAUGGAAAUAUGAAGCAAAACACUUUGAUACAUUUAUUCAAUGAUGGAGUCUCUCAGGUUCAAUCUUUAGGGAAUAUGGCUGUAAACAACCUCGUCCAUCUGUUGAACAUCAAAGAGGAAGAAGAUGACUAUGCCUCGGCUGAUGAUUCCUCUCAAGAUGAGAUGACUACAGAACCAAAUCAGAAUAACAUCGGUACUACUUCAGAACACAUGCAAUGGACAUUCUCCAUGCAAUCCGAGGGAGAGCAAACAUCAUGUCAACAAAUCGGGAUGAUACUACGUUACAUUUGGGGUCAGAUGCGUUCAAACAACGACAUUGUGUGCUACUGUUGCUUUGUUCUAGUUUUCUUAUGGAACUUCAGCUUAUUGUCAAUGGCUUAUCCUGCAGUUCUCUUUCUAUAUGCCCUUUUUGUCAACACAAGCCCGAGUAACAUAUUCUGGGUGAUCAUACUAAUCUACACCGAGAUGUGCAUUUUGGCACAAUACAUAUAUCAAAUCACCAUCCAACGAUGUGGGUUGACUUUUAAUAUGAGUUUGCUUCAGGAACUAGGAUUCCCUAAUCAUAAGAUCCUCUCUUCUUUCGUCCUAAGCAACUGGCCUCUAUUUCUGGUCUACUUGUUCACACUAUUGCAAACAUCUAUAACAGCUCGAGAUGGCGAAUGUGUUACAAUGAUUGCUGAUCUCAACAAUCAAAGGAGGAAAAGUAAAAGCCAUUUAGGUGGAGUGGUGGUUCAUGACAGCAUGAUCAAUCCAGCUUCAAGGAGUUAUCUCUCGGUAGAGCUUUGCUUCAGAAAGAUGUUUUGGUUCUGGCAGUCGAUAACUCAAGGCGCAGAAACUCCACCCUACUUUGUCCAGUUAUCGAUGAAAGUCGACACAUGGCCAGAAGAUGGGAUCCAACUCGACAAGAUGAAAUUGGGAGUCAACAAGCUUUUGAAGAUCGUUCAUGACAAGAGGUGUCAGGAAAGGAGUCCAAAUCACUUCCACUUGGCAAGCAAAGUUCGUUUGCAGAGUGUUGAGAGAAGUCCUGAAGACGAGAGUGUCGCGCUUGCUGUGUUCGAGGUGUUGUAUGCAUCACCAUUGAAGACAUGUGUGCGCCCAGAGUACCACAAGUCUCUUACUCCGGCUGCUGAUGUUGCAUCAGAGAUAUUAGAAGCUCAGCUGGUUGGUGCUUUUAAAGUGAUAGAGUUCCCUUAUCCAGUGAUCUCAGUGAUUGGUGGGGCGAAGAAACAUAUCGAUCUUUACGCGUACAUAUUUUGUGCGGAUUUGUCUGUGUUUUUCUUGGUUGCUAUCUUUUAUCAAUCGGUUAUGAAGAACAAUAGUGAGUUCCUUGAAGUCUAUCAGCUUGAGGAUCAGUUUCCUGAAGAUUUUGUAUGUGUCUUGAUGGUGAUUUUUUUCCUUAUAGUACUCGAUCGUGUCAUAUAUCUAUGCUCAUUUGCCACGGGGAAACUCUUCUUUUACUUGUUUAACAUCGUGCUCUUCACUUAUGCUGUCACUAAGUAUGCCUGGAAAAUGGAGCCCCAACAUAGUAAUGCUGGAAGGUUAGCUCUACGAGCUAUCUAUCUGGCAAAGGCGAUCUCUCUGACCCUUCAGGCCAUACAAAUACACCAUGGAAUCCCACAUGAGAGUACUUUGUAUAGACAGUUUUUGACAAGCAACAUAUCUAGGAUUAACUACUUGGGUUUCCGAAUCUAUCGUGCUCUCCCUUUCCUAUAUGAACUACGAUGUGUGCUCGAUUGGUCAUGCACUACCACCUCGUUGACCAUGUAUGACUGGUUGAAGUUGGAGGACAUUCAUGCAAGUUUGUUUCUCGUGAAAUGUGAUGCUGAUCUCUAUAGAGCAAAACAUCAACAAGGGCAUAAGCAGGCGAAGAUGACCAAGUUUUGUAAUGGGAUAUGCUUGUUCUUCAUACUCAUGUGUGUCAUAUGGGCUCCCAUGCUGAUGUAUAGCAGCGGAAAUCCAACAAACAUCGCCAAUCCAAUCAAAGAUGCCAACGUAAUAAUCGAGAUACGGUCAUUGAGUGGCAGGCUUACUUUGUAUGAAACAACUCUAUGUGAGAAGAUCCCAUGGGAGAAACAUGACUCAAGCAUCAACCUAGACCCUCAAGGAUACUUGAGCUCGUAUAACAAGCAAGAUAUUCAACUUAUAUGUUGCCAAGCCGAUGCCAGUACAUUAUGGCGCGUCCCAGAAGUUGUGCAAGACAGAUACACAAGGUCCCUUGGGCGUUCAAUGGACAUCAUUUUCACUUGGAAAUUCACGAGGGACAGACCAAGAGGAAAGGAAGCCGUGAGGUAUGAGUUGGUUGUCCAGGACGAGGAUCUCCCUUCUCACUCUGAUGUCAUGAAAGUUCUAAAUGGUACCACCAACAGCUUCGGCAUAUACAAUGUCUAUCCUAGGUACUUUCGGGUCACUGGAUCUGGAGAUGUCCGAUCACUUGAACAAUCGGUGGAUAUGGUGAGUGGAGAUCUAGUUCUCAAUCGAGAGAACUCAAAUUGGUGGUCAUUCCUUGAUACGAGUGCAUUAACGUCUGGAUGUGGGAAGUUGACUGGGCCUAUGGCUGUGAUCAUAUCAGAAGAAACACCGCAGGGGAUUAUAGGCGAGACGCUAAGCAAGUUCAGCAUAUGGGGAUUGUACAUUACCUUUGUCCUUGCUGUUGGUCGGUUCAUCAGGCUGCAAUGCUCUGAUCUUAGAAUGAGAAUACCUUUCGAGAAUCUUCCUUCUUGCGAGAGGCUGUUGGCGAUAUGUGAGAAUAUUUAUGCAGCGAGAGCGGAAGGAGAGCUAGAGGUGGAAGAGGUUCUUUACUGGACGUUGGUGAAGAUUUUUCGGACACCACACAUGUUGCUUGAGUAUACCAACCCUGACUAGUUAGCUCUUUUUUAAACCUUAGAAUGUGAUAAAUAAAUUCUUCUCCAUCUCGUUCUACUAUACUAUUUCCCACCAGCUGCCUAAAAUGAGGUAGAAACAAAGACAAGAUCACGACAUUAGAUUCAAAAGUCAUAUGUAGGUUGAGAUUAAUGGGAUGAGGAUCUUAGCAACUCUUUAUCUGGCAAUGCCUGCUGUAUCUUUUCAUGUUCCUUCUCCCAAUCAGCAAUGAAGGCGAAGCUUAGCAAUGACAUUUUCUGCAAAACUAGUUAUUAGUUGAAUGAUGCACUUAUAACAACGAUUGUGCAAUAUAUCCAAGUGAUUAAAGAUACAUACAGAAAGUUUUAAGUAAUUCUACCAAGAUCCAUGACUUGUUUAACUCCAAGGCUCAAGUUUACUUGGACAUAGCCUCUCACUAGCAUGCUUGGCUGAUAGUAAUAAUGAAAGAACCGAGGCUCCACAUGGCUUAUGACUGCAACAAGAUAGUCACAAUAUAAUAGAGUAAAAUGA